CUAAAAAUCCUCUGUUUCUUCUUCUUCUUCUUCUUCUAAUUUUCUCUGUUUCACAUUCCUUCUGCCUCUGAGAUCCAUAAAGAUUAAUAUCUGUUUCAUUGCUUCCUUAGACAAGAAACCCUCGGUUUAGUUUUCUUGAUCUGUCUAAUGGGUAAUUGCUUGGGUUCUUCUGCAAGAGUAGAUAACAGAGAAAGCACUUUUGGAGGGUCAACAAGAAUUUCACCUAAACCGAAUCACUCAUCUCGUCUUUCAAGCCUAAGCAUACCUUCUUACAGCAACAAUAGCUUCACUACUACUUCAUCAUGGUCAAAUCUGACACCAAGAAGUGAAGGAGAGCUUUUACCAUCUCCAACGCUUAAGGCCUUUACAUUUAACGAGCUCAAAACCGCUACUAGAAACUUCAAGCCUAAUAGUAUGAUCGGUGAAGGUGGUUUUGGUUAUGUUUAUAAGGGUUGGAUAGGUGAACGCUCGUUGUCACCUUCGAAACCAGGGUCCGGUAUGGUCGUUGCAGUCAAGAAACUUAAAUCAGAAGGGUUUCAAGGACAUAAAGAGUGGUUGACUGAGGUUCACUAUCUUGGGAGACUUCAUCAUAUGAAUCUUGUAAAGCUAAUUGGAUAUUGCUUAGAGGGAGAGAAACGGCUUUUGGUAUACGAGUACAUGCCCAAAGGAAGCCUCGAGAAUCAUCUUUUUAGAAGAGGCGCAGAGCCAAUUUCAUGGAAGACGAGGAUAAAAGUAGCGAUUAGCGCAGCGAGAGGGCUAGCUUUCCUCCACGACGCUAAAGUCAUAUACCGAGACUUCAAGGCCUCCAAUAUUCUACUUGAUGUGGAUUUUAAUGCAAAGCUAUCUGAUUUCGGAUUAGCAAAAGCCGGACCAACAGGAGAUAGAACACAUGUGACAACUCAAGUGAUAGGCACACAAGGCUACGCAGCUCCGGAAUACAUAGCAACCGGUAGGUUAACGUCCAAGAGUGAUGUCUAUAGCUUUGGAGUGGUGUUACUCGAACUACUCUCGGGACGUCCCACACUAGACAAAUCUAAAGUAGGAGUAGAACGUAAUCUGGUGGAUUGGGCAAUACCUUAUUUGGUUGACAGAAGAAAAGUCUUUAGAAUAAUGGACACAAAGCUUGGAGGACAGUACCCUCACAAAGGUGCUUGUGCAGCUGCCAACAUCGCAUUACGGUGUCUCAACACCGAACCUAAGCUAAGACCUGAGAUGUCUGAUGUCUUAUCCACUUUACAACAGCUAGAGACUUGGUCUAAAAAGACAGGUUCUAGUCCAACUACGUUCAUGUCUCCUUCAUCUCACAAGGUUCGAGAGAUCGCUGCGACUAUUAAGGUGGGAAAGUAGGAGAUGUAGCGACCCUUAAUAGUAUGUAAAUAUAGUUUUGUACAAUCUCUUGUGAUUUAUAGAGUUUUUGGUUAAAAAAUGUAGAUGUAUAUUUAUAUAGUGGAAAACUUGACGGUUGGAUUUUCACAAAUGUAUAAUGGGCCUUUGUUCACUUCU